AUGGGAUAUAAGAUAUAUUCUAACUCUGACUUAGUUCAAACAGUAACAUGGGCAAACUAUGAAUGGUUCGCUUUGAGAAACUCAGUACAACCACAAGCUAGAGAACAAACAGACCAGUAUGCAACUAUUGAGAAAAUAAGAAGACUUGACCCUAACGUUCCAGGAGUUUAUGUUAACCUUUCUGGUUCAGAUGGAAUUGCUGCCACUAAAGUAAAAAUGAAACUUAGAGUUCUUUUGUCAUCUUUCCUCAUCUUCAGGUUUUUAAGAUACUUGCCAAACUGGGCAGGAAAAAUUUCUAUCGAACUUACUCCAAGCAAAAAUAACUUAGUCAUUGCACCAACACAAGAUCCAUUCACUAUUACAGACGUAAAGGGAACAAAUCAAACGUCAUUCGCCGAAUUUUGCAAAGACAAAGUUGACUUAGACUUUGGUUUCUCAAACUUCAACAAUGAAGUAAACUAUUAUUUCAAUGCUGCUGGAACUGCUUGGGACCCAGUUAAGUUCACAUGCGAACAGUUUGAAUGCAAGAGAAUAGAAAGCAGACUUGCAGUCUAUAUGUUGGACCCAGAUAUUUCAAAUGCUUUAGCUGCCAAAUAUAUUGCAGUUCCACUUAUGUUCCCUAUACACCAAAUAUCUGUCAAAGACUUUGCAGGUGAAGUUGGAAACCAAAAUCCAGGAGCCGCAGGUGCAAGAACAGAUAUUGCUUUAACAACUGCAAUGAAACAUGCAGAUACUAUGUUUGUACUGUUCAGACGAACUAUAAAUGACUAUUCUUGUUUCUACAACCCUGGUAUUAAAUAUCAUAUAAACAUAGAUGGCAAAUAUUAUCCAAGAGAAGAAUAUUCUACAGUUGAGGAUAUGAGGUCAUACAACUUGACAUUAGAUGCUAUGAACUUUAACAACAACUUCACAACAACCAUUAACCCUGAAAUGCAAAGUUCUAUUAUGCCAUAUGUGAAAGUAUGGACUCAUAC